GGAGGAGUCCUGCCAACCCACACGAUUGCCAUCCAGCAUGUCUCCGGCAGUCUUCACUUUGACUCGCGUAUCGAGCUCAAGUGUCUUCUUCAGCCCCCCAACAACAGCACCAUCAAACAGUGGGUAGGACCACGCGGCGAAAUUGUCUCCAACAAUGAGCAUCUUCUGAUCGAGCGCUUUCGACCCUCGGACCAGGGAGCCUACACUUGCCGCAUAAUAUUCCCUGGCCGACAGGCCCUUCAGCAGGUGAAGACGAGGGCGGCAUAA